AGUCUCCGUUGUAUAGGCUUGCAUUGCAGCUCUACUAGGCUACCCUCCUCCAAGAAUUGCGCAAGCAAGCUAUCCGCAUUGCCGACGAUGUCUAGCCGGAGCAGGCCGAGGGCGCGGCCGUCGCCGGCGGCGAGGAUCACCGACGAGCAGAUCGGCGACCUCGUCUCCAAGCUGCAGGCUCUCCUCCCCGAGGCUCGCCUCCGCAGCAGCAACGACAGGGUGCCGUCGGCGAGGGUGCUGCAGGAGACGUGCAGCUACAUCCGGAGCCUGCACCGGGAGGUGGACGACCUCAGCGAGCGCCUCGCCGAGCUGCUCGCCGCCGCCGACGUCAGCACCGCGCAGGCCGCCGUCAUCCGCAGCCUGCUCAUGUAG